CCGCUCUGGUAGCCGAGAGCUUCGAGCCGGGCGUCGAGCGGCGCUCGGCCCCUCCGUGGCGGAGCGUGCCCCUCCGCCCGCGCCGCAUAAGGCCAAGGCUUUCCGACUUCAGCUACAGUGCUGGCUAAGUCGGGGAAGGCAACACGAAGAGAGCCGCGCGUCCCCCCUUGCUGUCGGCAGCGGCGGAGCGGGCAGGCAUGGCGCGGGCAGCGGAGCCGCAGGGCGGGCGGCGCGGCGGAUCUGUGGUUCCCUAUUUUACGUCUGCAAAGUUUCUUCUUUAUCUUGGGCAUGCACUGUCCACUUGGGGGGAUCGUAUGUGGCAUUUUGCUGUGUCCGUGUUCCUGGUUGAACUGUAUGGAAACAGCUUACUCCUGACUGCGGUCUAUGGACUGGUUGUGGCGGGAUCUGUUCUUCUCCUGGGAGCCCUUAUUGGAGACUGGGUGGACAAGAACUCGAGGCUCAAAGUGGCCCAGACAUCCUUGAUCGUACAGAAUGCAUCUGUCAUCCUGUGUGGUAUUAUCCUGAUGAUUAUCUUCUUGUUUAAGACACAGCUCUUGACGUUAUACCACGGAUGGCUUCUUACGAUGUGCUAUAUCCUGGUUAUCACAAUAGCAAAUAUUGCCAAUUUGGCCAGCACUGCCACAGCAAUCACAAUUCAGAGGGACUGGAUUGUUGUGGUUGCAGGGGAAGACAGAAGCAAACUGGCAGAUAUGAAUGCCACAAUAAGAAGAAUUGAUCAGUUGACCAAUAUCUUGGCCCCCAUGGCGGUUGGUCAGAUAAUGACUUUUGGCUCCCCGAUGAUUGGCUGUGGAUUCAUUUCUGGCUGGAACCUGAUGUCCAUGUGUGUGGAAUAUCUGCUGCUUUGGAAGGUUUAUCAGAAAACCCCUACUCUGGCUCUCAAAUCUGCCAAAGUUGAAGAAUCAGAACUGAAGCAGCUGAACGUAACGAAAGAGAAUGACACAAAACCUGCUGAAGGUGUGCAGUUAAUUGUUGAGAAAGAUGUAACUGGCUUUGAGCCCCAACAGGAGAAGGAAGUCAGCUGUGCCGCCCGCAUUGCUGAGCCCUUCAUAACGUUCCGUGACGGAUGGGUCGCGUACUACAACCAGCCAGUGUUCCUUGCGGGCAUGGGCCUUGCAUUUCUGUACAUGACUGUUCUGGGCUUUGAUUGUAUCACUACAGGCUAUGCAUACACUCAGGGUCUGAGUGGCUCUGUGCUAAGCCUCCUCAUGGGUGCCUCGGCAGUCACUGGAAUCAUGGGAACAGUGGCUUUCACUUGGCUUCGUCGCAAGUGCGGCCUCAUUCGCACAGGCCUCAUUUCUGGAGUUGCUCAGUUUGCUUGUCUGAUCUUAUGUGUCAUCUCUGUAUUUAUGCCUGGAAGCCCUAUGGAUUUGACUGUUUCCCCAUUUUCCGACAUCAGUGCCAGGCUAUUUGAAAAUGAGCCAUUACCUACUAUAGCAUCUCCAGAACCUGAAAUGAUUUUGGCAACUGGAAUGCCCAUCUUGUUAAACGGGUCUACUACUCCUGCUAACGGCGACCCGGAGAUGAGUCCUGAGCCCGUGCCUUUAAUCUCUGUUAGUCUCCUGUUUGCAGGAGUCAUUGCUGCUAGAGUUGGCCUUUGGUCCUUUGAUUUGAGUGUCACACAGUUACUCCAAGAAAAUGUGGUUGAAUCUGAAAGAGGCAUCAUAAACGGUGUCCAAAACUCCAUGAAUUAUCUUCUUGAUUUGCUGCACUUCAUCAUGGUCAUCUUGGCCCCAAACCCUGAAGCUUUUGGUUUAUUGGUGCUUAUUUCUGUGUCUUUUGUUGCAAUGGGCCACAUAAUGUACUUCAGAUUUGCCCAAAAAACCUUGGGAAAACAACUGUUUGUUUGUCGCACUCCUGAUCCCAAAACGACCCCUGACAGUUCACCACCUGGUAAUACAUCUACUGUCUGAAAGGAUCCACUUCACUUACUAACUUUGCUGCACAGAUAUCAUGGUUAAGCAUGUAUACUCCCUUUUUAUGACCCUGUCUGAGGUGUUUCUGUAGAGUUGAAUGCAUAACUUGGCUGUCUGGGGAAGCUGUCCCAAGAGAGAAAAUUUGUAUUACAGUGACUUUGUAAAAAAGGCUUCACUUUUGGCAGAGGACAGCCCAGCUGAAUCUUGACAGCUGUUGUAUCAAAGGAUCCCCAGCAGUAAUGUGUCUAGUGUUAGAUCUCAAAAAUAAUGUUGAAGUUCUGUUGCUGACUCCCACAGUGAUACUGUUUGGAGGUUAUAACUACUCAGUUUGCUCAUGAAUUCUGAACAGUUCAUGUGUUCUCUGAGUAAAAUGAGGGAUUUUUUUUUUUGGUUUUGGUUUUUUUUUGUUUGUUUGUUGUUUUUUUGGUUUUUUUUUUAUUUAGUUGCUUCAUAAUAACUUGUUAUACAGUAUUUGGGGGGGGGGGGGUUGGAGUUUUUUUCCCAAUAUUCCCAUACCAUAAACAGUUCUGCUCACCUGCCUUCUUGAAAUUGUAUAAACAUCCUUUAUAAAUGCUGGACUGUGGUGGUCCUUGUGGGUCCCUUCCAACUCAGAAUAUUCUGUGAUCUUUCAUGGAUUCCUGAAAUGGAUUCUUAAGUUUUUGAUGUUUUCCCAAAACCGUUAUAGUAUUUUAUCUGUUUUGGUUUAACUUUAUGGAAACACCUUUACAGGUUUUUUUGCAUGUUUCCUUACAAAUUAGACAAGUGUUAGGUACAAGAUAUUGUAUUACACUUUUGCUGCACUUCAUAGAGUAAAACGGCCUCGUUUAGCAGAAGCUAUUGAUGUAACAUUACAGAGCAUGGCUUUUGAAUUGCAAAUUGCAGGUUUGCUCAGGUUUGUAGCAGAAAGUGCUAAGGUCAGGAGUACUGGUAUAGUAAGAAAUUCUAGUGCUAACUUAGUUUUUUUGCCUCAGAGUACAAGCAGCUUUAAUAAAUUUUCCAAUAUAUCAGGCUUUAAUAGAGUUUCUGAAAGCAAUUGUAUUUGAAAAUACUUAAUAUUUUAGGCAAAAGAAGGUGGAUUACUUGCGUUUAUCUAGUGUGUAUAUGAGUUUUGACUUUGUUCGAAAAUAUCGCUAAACCAAUGAGAUGGUGGACUGUUUGCCCUCUAAAGCAACUUAAGAGCAAUGAAAAUGAUACAUCCCUCUGCUCAAGAAGUUCUUGCAUUUCUGCUUUUGUUUCUUUACCCUGCAUGUGUGCUAACACAGUAUUUCCAUAGUCAUUAGCCCUGUGUGCUCUCCUGUGGAAACUACGCACUUCGCUUUCUCAGUAGAGUUGAACCAGGUGGUGCUCUGAGUUUUCCUAUGGCAUGGCAGUCUGACUUCUAAACUUAAAUAUUGGUGAAAUGUUUGUUUGCAAAAUAAGUAGUAUCCAAAAAAAUGUCAGCAACUUAUGAAAAGUACCCUCUAACUUUUAAGGUUAUUUUUUUCUACUUUAGGUACUGUCUUUCACAGUCAUAGGUGUUGCCAGACUUCAACCCUGGAAUGUGUGUGAACUCCAUUGAAAUUAAAGGCGUUACACCAGGGCUGAAUCUGGGCCAUUCAUCACAAUGUUUUUAACAAUUUACAUUCUCUAUCAAACUAAAUAGAAUGUAAAGAACCUCUUGUGAUCUUUGUCUCAGAUACAGUGUUUUGUAAGGGGAGCAAAAGUGAAUUAAUGGGAAUCCAGUGUACAACCAAUGGACUUGUAGCCCACAGUUUUCAAUACCUGGAUGUAACAAUUUUUCUCUAGUGGACCAAACCCAGUAAUUACUCUAUGUUGCUGAAAGUUUCUCAGGGAUAUUUUCACUAGGUUUAUAAGUGUUUAUACUUUGACCAAGCAUUGGCAGGUUUUUUUUAUGUAAUAAAGUAAAAUGUGUAAUUUUAGAGUAGGUUUAAAAUUUGUGACUCAAUCCUGAGUGUAACUUAAGGAAAAGGGAAUUUUGCCAUCAGCGGAAUUUGUCAGAAGACAAAACAAGCUUAUCUAGAUUUGUAGAACAAAUAUGCCCAAAGGAUAGCCUAUAGGGUAUGUGAUAAGUACACUAGUAAAUAAAACACCUCUGAUUUGCCAAAUAUGUUUUCUCAUGUGUAUCUAAUUGAAAUUGGGACCAGAUUUUAACAUUGAAAAUAUAAAUGAAAGUAGUCCAGAUGUCAGUGAAUGUCUCUAUGCUGCACUUUGAUGAACAUCUGAAUGCCACUGUAUAUGAUUGGAAACAAAGCUGAAAAUGCAGCUUUUUCUGGACUGUCUGCAGCCUACAGAACCCAGCGUGCCUAAAACUUAAUGCUGUAGCACUAAGCAUCAAACAUCCCAGAGAGGAUGUAUUCCUGAAGUUUAGAGAGCUCCAAAAGGGUAAAAAAGAGAGUUGGGAGCAUGUAAUGUACUUGCCUGUUCCCAAAAUGUUUUGUUUUGUGUUUUUUUUUUUUCCAAAGGGCAAUUUAGUCAUACUUGAAUUGAGUAGCAAUUUGUUUCAUAAAUAGUUCCACCAGAGAGUGCAGUCAGGGUCUCAAGCCAAAAACAUUACAGUGAUAUUGAGAGGGGAGUGGACCUUUUGUAUUUUGUGCACAUGUUAGGAUUCCUAUAUGCAGAUCACAGCUAGAAGGCAAGACAAUCCUACAGUUAAAAAGUGGAUACUAGCUUUAAGAGGAGUAAGGAGGUCUGCAUUGGAAACCUGGUAUGGAUUGGUCUGAGUUGGAUGUCAAAAAAUGUUUGCUGCUUGAGCACAGCCCAUUUGUGUGCAAGUCUAAGAUGUACACAGACACCUGUACUUGUUAGUGCUUUGAAGCAAUGUGGAGCCUGAAGUCUUACUUAGCAGACUUUCAUAAAGUAAGCAUUUUUGGCCUUGUAUUUAUUUAUUUUUUUAAAAAAAUGUGUCCAAAUUGGAUGAAAACUGCCCUUUAAAAAUGUUCACAUUAGAAAUUAAUCUUACCAGAGUAUUUUAUUAUACAACCUUAUGCUGGACAUAGUAUUGAUUUAUGUAUUGUUAAAGCUAAUGAAUAAAUUUGCAUAAAACCUUA